AUGCCUCGAACCCACGACAGGAAGGCCAAGAAUACAUGCCAAAGAUGCCGUCGGCGGCGUAUCAAGUGCGACGGAGCCGCGCCUUCGUGCGCACAAUGUGUGAAAGCGAAGGUCACCUGCAUCGAAGGCAGGGCCAUUGGUGGUCGAGAGAAUCUCCCUCAAGCCUUCCUCGAUGAUUCACUCGCACGUCUCGCGGCACUCGAAGAUCUUGUGAGGACACGGCUUCCUGAUGUAGACCUCUCGGAUCUUUGCGAGGACGUUGCUGGCCCUCCACAACCUCCACGUCGACGUCUCUCCAAUGGCAUACAGCAGGAAUCGCUUCGUACUGACUACGAUGGAACUCUUAUCUCAUCCAACCUUGCUGUACCCCGUCUACACGGUCUCAGGCCAUUGUCGACUAAAUCAGGUGCACGACUCUUCCCCAACAUUACACAUCAUCGUCAGCAUCAAGUACUCGAUGGUGGUGGAGAUCAAGCGCUCUUGACUGAGAUCCUUGAUCUCCUUCCCGCACGGUCGGAGUGUGAAGGGUUGAUCCAGCUGUUCUUCUCCCAUAAUCACGCUGCUUACCCUGUUCUCCACGAACCAAGCAUCGCGGUGCUUGUCGAAGCUGUGUAUGUAUGCGCUAGCCUUCCCACAGACUGUCCGCUUCUUGACACCGGCUGGCCAACAGAUGUGCCAUCAUUCGCUUACAAUGGCGAAGUGAAGGAGAGCAACAGCACGAGAUCAAUAUCCAUUCCAUUCACUACAGCUGCCGCUAUCCUUUUCCAUGUUCUUGGCAUAGCCUCGUACGUGCAGGCGCACCGGCACCGUCUAGCCGCUGAUCCCCAUCGAUAUGGAGGGAUGGCCUUCCAUCUGACCUCCAUAGCCAUGGGCGACAUCACUCUCCCCUCUGUGCAGCUGGCCGUGCUUGCUGUCCAACAUGGCUACAUGAGUCAACAUCACGGCAGUCCGUGGGCACUCCUCCAACUUGGCAUGGUAUAUGCCGUCGACCUGGGCUUGCACCUCGAUGGCGAUGGCACAGGACAACUUACAAGCAUCACUACCCAAAUUCGUCGCCGCGCAUUUUUCUGCGUCUAUAGAUUGGAUAGGCUCAUCAGCUCUGUUCAAGGCCGACCUCUGGCCUUCGCUGACGACUGCAUGGACUUCAGUUUCCCAUCAUCAAUCUGCAACGAAAUCGACGAUCGUCCUUCAGACCCCGAUCAAGUCUACCUGGUCGUUUUCGAAUAUCGAGUGCAAUGGGCGCGGCUGGUCUCCGAGAUCAAGAGCAAUCUCUACCGCACUUCGACUUCAGCGCUGCCUCUGCUAGCAAACGUUGGCAGGAAUGUCCAGGAAGACAUGCUCAUUCGACUGGAUACAUGGCUUGCCCAAAGCAUGAGCAACGCCCAGGCUAUCCAGUCCCAGACCCGUCAGCUGCACAUCGAGCUAGAGAUCGACUACUACUACGCUAUCGGUCUUCUCUAUCAGCCCUCCGUAGGCUGUCCUACCCCUGACGCUGCAGCGCUGCGACGCUGCCAUGACAGUGCCGCCCAAUGUCUCCGCCUGUCCUGGUCACUACACGGGGAGUCAUGCCUCCUCCUCACCUGGCUGACGACGCAGUGCAUCUCUCUGGCGGGAUCGACGAUGGCCUACUGCGUUUGGAACUCCCACGAACUUCGAUCUUCGCUGUCCAUUACAGAGCUCUCAUCCGACUUUCGCCUUUGCUCCAGCUUGCUGGCGCUGGCAGGCGAAUGGUGGCCCUCGGCAAAGAAAGGCGGCCAGAGUUUCCAACGUUUGGCAGAUUCUACGAUCCAGUUGGUGGUCGCUGGAAGUGGUAGUCAGCGUCCUCCUACCACGAGUUCUGUUGAAACAUCGACUGGCGUGGCCUCGUACUCUGACAGCACUCCUCUAGGGGAGGGCGUGGGGGGUAACAUCGAGGACAUGCUGAAUGAGUUCCUCCAAGAGGACUUCCAACUACCUGAUUAUCUGCGAGGAUACGAAGCAGCUGCUCCUUGA